UGUAGAUCAGCUCUCGGUGUUUGCUGUCACUCAGCGGGAUGAUGCUCGCUGUCUGACCGCCGACCUGCACGGACGGACUGGGUUUAAAGACUGGGACGUGUGGAACGAGAUCCUGUGCUUGGGACAAGACACGAGGAAUCACCAUGGUAACCAAGAAAGUCAGGACAGAAUAUAUGAAGAAGUUCAGGGAUCCAAAAUGGGAGACAUUUUCUAAAUGCUACGAGGACUCUCUGAAGUACCGUCUGACCCGGCGAGUGAUGGAGCAUUCCCACAAGCCCUGGUUCUGGGAGGGCUGGGACAGCUGCUCUGACUCCAGCGGCUGGUCCACACCGAGACUGACCCGGAACAAAGUGGCUCCUCUUUCUCUGCCGCCGCCCACAUCCUCGGAUGUCAAGCAGAAGCUGCUGGAGCUGAAGACUAGUCCUGAGCCAGAGCCGCCUUCUGAGGACAGCGACAUCAAGGUGGGGACAGGAGGGGCUCCAGAUGGAGAUGCUGCACCACCCACAGGUGAAGCCGUAGAAAACCCUGUGAACGAAGCCAGCGGUGGUUCGGUGCAGGCGACUCUGAACACAAACGGCCCUUCAGUCGAAACGACGACAGACAACGGACCAGCUGACUCCACCUCCUCUGAUGGAGAGUCCUUGAACCCGGCGCCACAACAACGUCACCGGCGUCGCACCCCUCGCUCUGAGCCUGGACACCGGGACAGUUCCCAUGACGACAAACCAGCUGUAGUCAGGAAGCCAGCCAGGGCUAAGAGUCAACCACCAGUCAGCACCAAAGAGAACCGGAGACCGUCCAGCCGGCUGGACUGGACCGAGAGGCCGAUAGAGAGCCACUCAUUCAACGCCGGCCUUCAGACCCGGCGGGAGUCAGGGAAGUGUAGCUCCAACCCGGACCGUCGGCGGGCUCGGUCAGCUGACCUGGAGAAGAUGAAGCGGUCGCAGCUGACUGUGGUGGACGACCGCUGGAUGACGGAGUACAUGCGCUGCUUCUCUGCCCGGCUCAGGUAGAGACGGGAUCCACGCCGACCUGAGAACAUGUUUCCUUAGCAAGAAGCAAAAAUCAGGAGGUGACGACUGUUCAUCCAAGUAACAAUGCAGACUGGAACGUAUGUGAAAAUAAGAAGUGGGCAGAGCUGCUGGAACAGAACUAGGAAAAAGGUUUUUAUGGGCUUUAGUACCUAAUCUAAGCAGAUUUUAUUCCCCUAAACUGGAAUUGGGUUGGAUUUAUGAGCCUCAGUGAAAUAUCAGAUUUGCUUUUUUCAACUUUGUGACCAACAAUUUACUGCAGGUGAGACUUUCCUGCUGAGAACAGAGAUUUCAAUCACAAGUUUGAUCACAAUACGACACAUCGAUCCAGUGAUCCGAGAUGUUUGGAUGUUUAGAUGUUUGCUAAUAUCACAAAUUCUGCUACAGUACGAUUUCUGUUUGACUGGAUUCAGGAUCCAUCAAUCAUCAUGUGAUAAUAUCACAGCUGAUUUAACACAAACACGUUCAUUCAUAUCAAAUUACAAAAGUAAAGAAAAAUCAACUAAAAUAUCCAAACCUGUUAUCUGAACCAUAUUCUGGAUGUUGAGCUUUAAAAUGUUCACAUAAUAGUAAAGACAACAGGCAAAAAAUGUCUGUUUGUAGACAUUAAAGGUGCAGUGUGUAAUAAAAUCAAGGUUCAAGUUUGAAGUUUGAAAUCAGCCCCUCCAUCGUGAGACUAGUCCCUCCGUCAUGAGAUCAGUCCCUCCAUCAUGAGACCAGUCCCUCCAUCAUGAAAUCAGUCCCUCCAUCAUGAGACCAGUCCCUCCAUCAUGAAAUCAGUCCCUCCAUCAUGAGACCAGUCCCUCCAUCAUGAGAUCAGUCCCUCCAUCAUGAGACCAGUCCCUCCAUCAUGAGAUCAGUCCCUCCGUCAUGAGACCAGUCCCUCCAUCAUGAGAUCAGUCCCCCCGUCAUGAGAUCAGUCCCCCCGUCAUGAGAUCAGUCCCUCCAUUAUCCACAACAGCAUUAAAGAUGGCGUGGGCAAGGGCGUGAAUUGGCUGAACAUUCAUUUAUGGUUGCGAUUAUAAAUCCCUGGAGGGACUGAUGAGAUGGACUUUCUGUUUGUGUUGUUGCCCCUGAGUUAACCGAUCAGUCUAGCAGUGAUUUAACGUAUAUAAGUGAUCUGUUAAUGAUAACACUGUAUGAACAGUGUGAAUCAUCAGCUGGAUCUCAUGCUUCUCUGUACAACUUCAGCUGUUCAUCAGCAGGGAAAGCAGCUGCAGAAAUCCAGCGUACCAACAGCAGAACAGGGAGUUUGUUACCCUGUAGAAGCUGAAAUAUGGUCAACCAGUCAAUGAAACUGCAGCAGUUAGAAAGACGGAGCACAGAAAGUGGGAUUUACCUGUUUAAGGAAGCUCCGAGCUCCUUUCAUCAGCAUCAUAGGAGCUGGAUGUAGCUCUUUUCAUGGUUACCAGAUUCUUUUAUUUCACUGGAGCCAACCCUUCAGAUUAUUCUGAUUAAUAUUUAGUCCUGUGUAUCCCUGCCCACUUCUUUACUUUGCAAUGCCGUGAUAUGUGUUCAUACAGAAUGAAUCGCUGCAGUUGAGGAUUUAACACUCUUGAGUUAAAGCAGAUAAAUAUGUGUCAGGUAGACCUGAAUGAGUCCCAUAAAACCCGGCAGGUACAGGUAUGAUUGUCUGUUUUUAUCCCGACUGUGCUGAUUCAUUAUGUGGGUCGGCUUUAAAGUUUGGGUUCAGACCAGUUGCAGAUGUGAUGUACAAACUGUUUCUCUGGUCCAGUGGAAACAGUUUGCAGCUGGAAUUACAGUCAAUCUUUCUAAGCUUUUCUAUACAUUUAAAAACAAAUAACCUCCGUGUCACUUUCUGAAUGUAAUUUUUAUUUGUCAGCAUGAAAGAAAACACUACUGUGAUUUAGUUCAGUUGUUUUCAGUCAGCUUUAUGUUUUCAGUUCUCUCUCAAAGGCAGCUGAGUGUUUACAACUCUAAGGCAGCAGAAAGGACCAAACUGAAAUAUUUUUGAUAUCUGAGUAUUUUAGAUUAGAAGAGACUGCUGCAGAGUGGUUUAUGGAAACAUAUUUUAUCAAAUGAGAUGAGUUUUAACUAAAAAUAAUGUAAUGACUUAAGCUUUGCUGGCUUUAUCAUAAAUCAACCUCACUUCACUGAAAUCAGGUAACGUCUGAAGGAGUUUAGAGUUCAGUUAGU